CUGUACGCUUUACAAAUACGUCAUAGCCUGUCGAUACCCAGCGAGAGGUAAAAGAAGUUGCUGAAGAUAAGGGGGUCUGGGGAUAUAUAUGAUGUACACGUCUUCGUUAUAGGAAGCGGAGGGUGGUCUAAAAGAAAAGAUUCAGUUAAGAGCUGACUGGAGAAGACUGGACUGAGCUGGAUGCGCCGAGUCUCCGGGUGGGCUCACACAAACGCAGUCCAGCCAGGAGAGCUUCGUCUUCGUCGUAGUGGCAUUUAAAAGAGAAGUAACCUACAUGCGUUGCUCUGACAAGACAGUUGUUUUAACUAGCUAGCCGUCUAGAAAUGCUGCUUUAGGUCGCUAACUAUGUUAUAACUGUUAAUUACCCAGGACUGAGAAGUGUACUGUGAUAUAUAUGAGCUGUUUGUUUGGCUAGACCAGCUGCGACUUCGGUGUUGUGAACAUCACGAACGUCUUAUAACCAGACCUACUUAUCAAAAAAUACUGCGGGUUUCAGCACGGUUAAAACCAUUUAUAUAUUUACCAUAACCUACGUGUUGGUAAAGUUAUGACCAGCGGUGUAAACUGUACUUUGCAUUUAACGGUAGUUAGCAUAGCAAGCUAACAACUUGCCUUGAAUCUGCUAAAUGCUAGCUAGGUUAGCUAACCUAACUAACAAGCUGUUUAAAUAACGUUAGGAUGUUCAGCCAUGACUUUCUAACUGAUGUUAGGUAGCUAACAAAUUAAUUAUGACAUGACGCGUUAAAAAAAUGUAUAUUACAGUAUCCACUGCAAUAUAUACCCCAGCUGUCGAGGUCUUUAGGAGGAUGGGAACACAAGAGGAGGGAAAAUCCAUUAACGUUAGCUGCUCUUUCCCAUAAGUGAAGCAUCCGCGUAUUGAUUCAGUGCUUACCGUUAUUAGUGAUCCUACAGGGGUUGUGCUCUUUUUUUGGGAGAGACAUCUGACAUCUGCUUUGCACCUUAAGUACCUAAAUACCCCGUUGAGUUGUACAAGCAUGGCCAGUGCCGGUGACGGGGCUGCACAGGCUCAGCUUCUGCCCGCUCUGGCCCCCUCCAACUCCUCACCUUCGGACACUGACAAGGGUUGCGCCAACGGUGACCUGAUGGACUCCUUCGGCAUCUUCUUGCAAGGCCUUCUCGGAGUGGUGGCCUUUAGCACCCUUAUGCUGAAACGCUUCAGAGAACCCAAGCACGAAAGAAGACCCUGGAGAAUCUGGUUUCUGGACACCUCCAAACAGGCCAUUGGGAUGCUGUUCAUUCACUUUGCCAAUGUCUACCUGUCUGACCUCACAGAGGAGGACCCAUGUUCACUAUACCUCAUAAACUUCCUGUUGGAUGCUUCGUUGGGUAUGUUGGUGAUCUAUGGCGGCAUCAGGGCUGUUAGCGCUGUGGUCGAAUGGAGGCAGUGGGACUCGCUACGCUUUGGAGAGUACGGGGAGCCGGUGCAGUGCACUGCCUGGGCAGGUCAGUGUGCACUCUAUAUCCUCAUUAUGAUGUUUGAGAAGGUGGUCAUCAUCCUGGUGCUGCUCAUCCCGCAGUGGAAGAAGCUGGCUAUGCUGAACCCUAUUACAAACCCACAUCUGGAGCUUGCUAUCGUCAUGCUAAUCGUUCCGUUCUUCGUUAAUGCCCUGAUGUUCUGGGUAGUAGAUAAUUUCCUGAUGAAGAAGGGCAGGACAAAAGCUAAACUGGAGGAGAGAGAGGUUGGGGACGACUCUCGUGGAAGCAGCAAAGUGCGUUACAGACGAGCCCUGUCCCACGACGACUCUGAGUCAGAGAUUCUAUUCUCGGCGGAUGAUGAAAUGGAGGAUUCGGACGGUGAUGAGGAUGUACGUAGGCUCGCUGGUCUCAAAUCUGUGAAGAAGAAGAAGCACCGGCUAGGUAUCCCUCCAGGAGAAGUGAAGAAAAAGAAGCGGCCUCCCUUUAAGGAGGAGGACUUGAAAGGAGCGCGCAGUAAGCUGGGGCUGAAGGGAGAGGUGAAGAGUAAAACAUAUGAGGUCAUGGUGGAGUGUGAGCAUAUGGGCAAAGUGGCUCCAUCCGUGUUUAGCGGGGUGCGUUCCGGAGCAGAGACGGCAUUGGAGAAACCCAAACCUGCAGCAGGAAGUGUGUUUGGCAAAUGAGGAUGUCAAUAAAGAAGAGGCAUCAGAAUGAAGAAAUAUGUAUUAAAGGAAAAGAUGAAUGAGCCAGUGCUGUAAGAAAUUAAGAUGGUCUGGAGGACAAACUCCAGCCUUUGGUCAGUGAGGUUUAUUUGACUUUAUUUGAUUUUAUAUACAUAUAUAUAUAUUGGGGCCCACUUGAUUGAACUGCAACAUGAACCGGUGUUUAAAAACACUGACUUGUUAAAAUGUUACGUGUAUAUUCUCUGUUCACUACUAUAUGUUCACUUUUUUAAAAAAGAAAUGCAUAUGUAUUUGCCAAUUUCUAGUCUUAUGUUUUAUACAUUAAAGUUUGAACAUUGUAACAGUUUA